GCUGCUGUUGAAGGUGCUCUUCCUCUCCUCCUCCUCCUCCUCACUACGAGGAGGCGGACCUGCUCGGUGUCGCCUCAGCAGAAGCGCAGAAAAACCUCUCCUAUUAACCGACGACCUUUUUGCUGUGUCCACAUGAUCGCUGUGGUCGAUGUGACACCUCCUGCAGGCUCCUUCUCGGAUGUAGCUCUCAGGCUUAAAGCAAGUCUGUUUUCCAUCGGCUCAAAUGUGACUGACUGCUUUUGACAUUGACAGAUAAGAGGUGUGUAGGUCGGUGAGGCCGUUAAACUACCCAUCAAGAUGGUGGCCUUGUCGCUGAAGAUCUGCGUCCGCCAGUGCAACGUGGUGAAGACGAUGCAGUUUGAGCCGUCCACGCCCGUGUAUGACGCCUGCAGAAUCAUCAGGGAGAGAGUGCCAGAGGCCCAGUCAGGACAAGCCUCGGAUUAUGGCCUCUUCCUUUCUGACGAUGAUCCCAGGAAAGGAAUCUGGCUGGAGUCUGGAAGAACCCUGGAUUACUACAUGCUGCGAAAUGGCGACGUCUUGGAAUAUAAGAAGAAGCAAAGGCCGCAAAAGAUCAAAAUGCUGGAUGGUGCGAUUAAAACCAUCAUGGUGGACGACUCCAAGACGGUCGGCGAGCUGCUGGUCACCAUCUGCAGCAGAAUAGGAAUCACCAACUACGAGGAGUACUCGCUCAUUCAGGAGGUGACGGAGGACAAGAAGGAGGAUGGGAUGGGGACGCUGAAGAAGGACAGAACGCUGCAGCUCCGGGAUGAGAGGAAGAUGGAAAAGCUCAAAGCCAAACUCCACACAGACGACGACUUGAACUGGCUGGACCACAGCAGGACGUUCAGAGAGCAAGGGGUGGAGGAGAGCGAGACGCUGCUGCUCAGGCGCAAGUUCUUCUACUCGGACCAGAACGUGGACUCUCGGGACCCGGUUCAGCUGAAUCUGCUCUACGUUCAGGCGCGGGAUGAUAUAUUGAAUGGAUCCCACCCUGUCUCCUUUGAUAAAGCUUGUGAGUUCGCGGGGAUCCAGGCUCAGAUCCAGUUCGGACCCCAUGUGGAGCACAAGCACAAGCCCGGAUUCCUGGACCUGAAGGAGUUCCUACCUAAGGAGUACAUCAAGCAGAGAGGGUCCGAGAAGAAAAUAUUCCAAGAUCAUAAAAACUGUGGAGAGAUGACGGAGAUUGAGGCAAAAGUGAAAUACGUGAAGCUCGCCAGGUCCCUGCAGACAUAUGGAGUGUCCUUCUUCCUGGUGAAGGAAAAGAUGAAGGGUAAAAACAAGCUGGUGCCGCGGCUGCUGGGGAUAACCAAGGAGUCGGUGAUGCGAGUGGAUGAGAAGACGAAGGACAUGGUGCAGGACUGGCCUCUGACGACAGUGAAGAGAUGGGCUGCCUCCCCCAAGAGCUUCACCCUGGAUUUCGGAGAGUACCAGGAGAGUUACUACUCUGUCCAGACCACAGAGGGAGAGCAGAUAUCCCAACUUAUUGCGGGAUACAUUGACAUCAUUCUUAAAAAGAAGCAGAGUAAGGAUCGUUUCGGCCUUGAGGGAGAUGAGGAGUCCACCAUGCUGGAGGAAUCGGUUUCCCCUAAGAAGUCCACAAUUCUGCAGCAGCAGUUCAACCGUGUGGGUCGAGUGGAGCAUGGCUCUGUAGCACUUCCGGGCAUCAUUCGGUCGGGCUCCAUCGGCGGCCCUGACACAUUCAAUAUGGGUACUAUGCCCUCGGCCCAGCAGCAAAUCACCAUGGGGCAGAUGCACAGGGGACACAUGCCCCCGCUGAGUCUGGCCCAGCAGGCCCUGAUGGGGACCAUCAACAGCAGCAUGCAGGCUGUGCAACAGGCCCAAACCGACCUGGGACAUGUUGAUAGUCUUCCUCCACUGGGACAUGACUUGGCUUCCAGGGUUUGGGUUCAGAACAAAGUGGAUGAAUCCAAACAUGAAAUCCACUCUCAGGUCGAUGCUAUCACCGCUGGAACGGCAUCUGUGGUCAAUCUCACUGCAGGUGAGCCCACAGAGACGGACUACACGGCGGUGGGCUGCGCCAUCACCACCAUCUCCUCCAAUCUCACGGAGAUGUCCAAGGGUGUCAAACUGCUCGCGGCACUGAUGGAGGAUGAGGUGGGCAGCGGACACAAGCUCAUGGGUGCUGCCAGGAUGUUGGCAGGAGCCGUAUCAGAUCUGCUCCGAUCCGUUGAGCCUGCAGCCUUGGAGCCCAGGCAGACGGUGCUGACUGCGGCAGGAAGCAUCGGACAGGCCAGCGGGGAUCUGCUCCGUCACAUGGGGGAGGGCGAGACCGAUGAGAAGUUCCAGGACACCCUGAUGAAUCUGGCCAAAGCGGUGGCCAAUGCAGCUGCUAUGUUAGUCCUGAAGGCCAAGAACGUGGCCCAGGUGGCCGAGGACAGCGUGCUGCAGAACCGGGUGAUCGCAGCUGCCACUCAGUGUGCCCUGUCCACUUCACAGCUGGUCGCCUGCACCAAGGUGGUGAGUCCAACCAUCAGCUCCCCGGUGUGUCAGGACCAGCUGGUGGAGGCCGGGAAGCUGGUGGACCGCUCGGUGGAGACCUGCGUCAAAGCGUGCCGUUCGGCGAGCGACGACGGCGAACUGCUGAAGCAGGUCGGGGCGGCAGCCGGUGUGGUGAGCCAGUCCCUCAGCGACCUGCUGCAACACGUCCGCCACUACGCCAGCUGCGGAGAGCCCAUCGGGCGCUACGACCAGGCCACAGACACAAUCAUGAACGUGACGGAGAACAUCUUCACCUCCAUGGGUGAUGCUGGCGAGAUGGUGCGUCAGGCCAGGGUGUUAGCUCAGGCCACUUCUGACUUGGUCAAUGCCAUGAGGUCUGAUGCAGAGGCUGAAGUGGACGUGGACAACUCCAAGAAACUUCUGGCUGCAGCCAAACUCCUGGCUGACGCCACCGCUCGCAUGGUGGAGGCCGCUAAGGGGGCGGCUGCCUACCCAGAGAACGAGGACCAGCAGCAGCGGCUCAGAGAGGCAGCUGAGGGGCUCCGUGUUGCCACUAAUGCUGCAGCUCAGAACGCUAUAAAGAAAAAACUGGUCAACAGACUGGAGAUAGCUGCAAAGCAGGCGGCGGCUGCUGCUACUCAGACCAUCGCAGCUGCACAAAACGCCGCUGCCUCCAACAAAAAUACAGUCUCACAUCAACAUCUCGUUCACAGCUGCAAGGGAGUAGCGGAUAGCAUCCCCCAUUUAGUGCAGGGCAUGAGGAGCAGCCAGGCCCAGCCUGAGGAGCUGGGUGCCCAGCUCGCCCUCAUCAUGGCCAGCCAGAGCUUCCUACAGCCUGGAAGUAAGAUGGUGGCAUCUGCAAAGUCAGCCGUUCCAACGGUGGCUGACCAGGCUGCUGCUAUGCAACUGGGCCAGUGUGCCAAGAACCUGGCUACCUGCCUGGCGGAGCUCAGGACUGCCACUCAGAAGGCCCAUGAUGCAUGUGGUCCUCUGGAGAUCGACUCAGCCCUGAAAACAGUCCAGACACUCAAGAGUGAGCUUCAGGAUGCCAAGAUGUCCGUCAUCGAUGCACAACUCAAACCUCUUCCCGGGGAAACGCUGGAGAAGUGUGCCCAGGACUUGGGGAGUACAUCUAAGGCUGUGGGCUCGUCCAUGGCUCAGCUGCUAACGUGUGCGGCACAAGGCAACGAACAUUAUACAGGUGUGGCUGCCAGAGAGACAGCCCAGGCUUUAAGGACACUGGCCCAAGCAGCCAGGGGCGUGGCAGCCAGCACCAAGGAGCCGCAGGCUGCUGCUGCAAUGCUCGACUCAGCCCAGUGCGUCAUGGAGGGCUCGGCCAUGUUGAUCCAUGAAGCCCACCAGGCCCUGGUUCACCCCGGAGAUGCUGAGAGUCAGCAGAGACUGGCGCAGGUGGCCAAAGCGGUGUCGCACUCCCUGAAUAAUUGUGUGAAUUGCCUGCCAGGCCAGAAGGAUGUUGACAUGGCCCUCAGGAGCAUUGGAGAGGCCAGCAAGAAGCUGCUGGUGGAUAUUCUCCCUCCCUGCAGUAAGACAUUCCAGGAGGCCCAGACUGAUCUGAACCACACGGCCGCUGAACUCAACCACUCUGCAGGCGAGGUCGUCCACUCCUCUCGAGGAACAAGCGGCCAGCUGGCUGCGGCCUCGGGCAAGUUCAGCCAAGACUUUGACGAGUUCCUUGAUGCUGGCGUUGAGAUGGCAGGACACACUCAAAGCAAAGAUGACCAGAUCCAGGUCAUUGGUAAUCUGAAGAAUAUCUCCAUGGCGUCCAGUAAGCUGCUGCUGGCUGCCAAGUCUCUGUCUGUGGAUCCAGGUGCAGCCAAUGCGAAGAAUCUUCUCGCUGUGGCAGCAAGGGCGGUGACAGAGAGUAUUAACCAGCUGAUCACGCUCUGUACCCAGCAAGCAGCGGGACAAAAGGAGUGUGACAACGCCUUGAGGGAGUUGGAGGCUGUCAGAGGACUCCUAGAUAAUCCCAACGAGCCUGUCAGCGAACUCUCCUACUUUGACUGCAUCGAGAGCGUCAUGGAAAAUUCAAAGGUCCUCGGAGAGUCGAUGGCAGGUAUUUCUCAGCACUGUAAGACGGGUGAUGUGGUCGCCUUCGGGGAGAGCGUGGGUGUGGCGUCCAAAGCUCUGUGUGGGCUGACGGAGGCUGCAGGACAGGCAUCUUAUCUUGUAGGCGUGUCUGAUCCCAACAGUCAGUCAGGUCACGAGGGGCUGGUGGAUCCCAUUCAGUUUGCUCGGGCCCACCAGGCUAUACAGAUGGCAUGUCAGAACCUAGUGGACCCCGCCAGCAGUCCUUCACAGGUCUUGUCUGCAGCAACCAUUGUAGCCAAACACACCUCAGCUCUCUGUAAUGCCUGCCGCCUGGCUUCCUCCAAAACCUCCAACCCGGUGGCCAGGAGACAGUUUGUCCAGUCAGCCAAAGAGGUGGCCAACACCACAGCCAACCUCGUCAAAACCAUCAAGGUCAACUCCCCAUCUGAUCAAAACGGCUUAGAUGGAGAUUUUUCGGAGGAGAACAGAAACAGGUGCCGUGUUGCUACCACCCCGCUCCUCGAGGCUGUAGAAAACCUCUCCACCUUUGCCAGCAACCCUGAGUUUGCGAGCGUCCCGGCACAGAUCAGCAAUGAGGGCUCAGCCGCACAGGAGCCUAUUGUGCGUUCAGCCCGCUCGAUGCUCGAUAGCUCCACUUACCUUUUAGAAACGGCCCGCUCACUCGUCCUCAACCCCAAAGAUCCGCCCACCUGGUCCAUACUGGCUGGCCACUCCAGGACGGUGUCUGACUCCAUCAAGAGCCUCAUCACCUCCAUUAGGGACAAGGCACCAGGACAGAGGGAGUGUGAUUACUCCAUUGAUAACAUCAAUAAGUGUAUCCGGGACAUUGAGCAAGCUUCCCUGGCUGCUGUUGGGCAGACCCUGCCCUGCAGAGAUGAUAUCUCCAUGGAAGCGCUCCAGGAGCAGCUGACAUCCUCUGUUCAGGAGAUUGGGCAUCUGAUUGAUCCUGUCUCCACCACAGCCCGAGGCGAAGCUGCCCAACUAGGACACAAGGUGACUCAGCUGGCCAGUUACUUCGAUCCACUCAUCAUGGCGUCAGUGGGGCUCGCCUCCAAGCUCCAUGACCACCAGCAGCAGAUGACCAUCCUGGACCAGACCAAGACCCUGUCGGAGUCAGCCUUGCAGAUGCUCUACGCUGCUAAGGAAGGCGGGGGAAAUCCAAAGGCGUGCCACACCCACGAUGCCAUCUCUGAAGCAUCCCAGCUGAUGAAGGAGGCUGUGGACGACAUCAUGGUGACAUUGAACGAGGCAGCCAGUGAGGGCGGCAUGGUGGGGGGCAUGGUGGAGUCCAUCGCCGAGUCCAUGGGCAGGCUGGAUGAAGGAACACCACCUGAACCCGAGGGAUCCUUUGUGGACUACCAGACCACCAUGGUGAAGUUCUCCAAGGCCAUCGCCAUCACUGCACAGGAGAUGAUGACAAAGUCAUUGACCUGCCCUGAGGAGCUCGGUGGCCUUGCCUCUCAGGCGACAGUGGACUAUGCACAGCUAGCGCACCAAGGACGUCUUGCUGCAGCUACUGCAGAGCCGGAGGAGGUUGGUUUCCAGAUAAGGACACGAGUGCAAGAGCUGGGCCAUGGCUGUAUCUACCUGGUUCAGAAGGCGGGAGCCCUGCAGCUCAGCCCCACUGAUAGCUUCUCCAAGAGGGAGCUCAUCGAGUGCGCCCGCGCCGUCACAGAGAAGGUGUCCUUGGUGCUGUCAGCACUGCAGGCGGGGAACAAAGGCACCCAGGCCUGCAUCACAGCAGCCUGUGCUGUUUCCGGCAUCAUCGCUGACCUGGACACCACCAUCAUGUUUGCCUCAGCUGGAACGCUGAGCCCUGAGAAUGAAGAGUCCUUUGCCGACCACAGGGAGAACAUCUUGAAGACGGCCAAGGCGCUGGUGGAGGACACCAAGCUUCUGGUGGCUGGAGCCGCAUCCAGCCAGGAGAAACUGGCCCAGGCCGCCCAGUCCUCAGCCAAGACCAUUACCCAGCUCACUGAGGUGGUCAAACUGGGAGCAACCAGCAUGGGCUCUGAGGAUCCUGAGACACAGGUGGUUCUGAUAAAUGCGGUGCGCGACGUGGCCAAAGCUCUGGCGGAACUCAUCGGUGCCACCAAAUGUGCCGCCGGCAAGCCAGCCGACGACCCGUCCAUGUAUCAGCUGAAGAGCGCCGCCAAGGUCAUGGUGACCAACGUGACGUCUCUUCUGAAAACAGUGAAGGCAGUGGAGGAUGAAGCCACUCGCGGGACGAGGGCACUGGAGGCCACCAUCGAGUGCAUCAAGCAGGAGCUGACGGUGUUCCAGUCCAGGGACGUCCCAGACAAGUCCACCACACCCGAGGUGUUCACCCGCAUGACAAAGGGCAUCACCAUAGCGACGGCCAAGGCAGUGGCUGCGGGGAACUCUGCCCAGCAGGAGGACGUUAUCGCCACUGCCAACCUGAGCCGAAAAGCCAUCUCCGAUAUGCUGACUACGUGCAAGCAAGCAGCGUUCCACCAAGAAGUCAGCGAGGAACUGAGGAGCAGGGCCCUGCAGUACGGAUCUGAGUGCACCAGCGGAUACGUCAACCUUCUGGAGCAAGUGCUGCAGGUGCUGCAGAAGCCCACACCGGAGCAGAAACAGCAGCUGGCCAUGCACUCCAAACACGUGGCAGCGUGUGUGACCGAGCUCGUCCAGACAGCAGAGGCCAUGAAAGAUGGAGGAUCAGAGUGCGUGGACCCCGAGGACCCCACUGUCAUCGCUGAGACCGAGCUCCUCGGAGCGGCGGCGUCCAUUGAAGCCGCCGCCAAGAAACUGGAGCAGCUGAAACCGAGGGCCAAGCCCAAGCAGGCGGAUGAGACGCUGGAUUUUGAGGAGCAGAUCUUAGAGGCCGCGAAGUCCAUCGCUGCAGCAACUAGUGCUCUAGUUAAAUCUGCAUCAGCAGCACAGAGAGAACUGGUGGCACAAGGGAAGGUGGGAUCCAAUCUAGCUAAUGCAGUGGAUGAUGGCCAGUGGUCACAAGGUCUCAUAUCAGCGGCUCGUUUGGUAGCGGCAGCCACCAGUAACCUGUGUGAGUCAGCUAACGCCUCAGUUCAGGGCCACGCCAGCGAGGAGAAGCUCAUCUCCUCGGCCAAACAGGUGGCGGCCUCCACAGCUCAGCUGCUGGUGGCCUGCAAGGUCAAGGCGGACCAGGAUUCUGAAGCCAUGAGGAGACUUCAGGCUGCUGGUAACGCCGUGAAGCGGGCCUCAGACAGCCUGGUGAAGGCAGCUCAGAAAGCAGCGUUUGACAAGACCGAAGAUGACAGCGUGGUGGUGAAGACCAAAUUCGUCGGAGGCAUAGCUCAGAUCAUUGCGGCUCAGGAGGAGAUGCUGAGGAAGGAGAGGGAGCUGGAGGAAGCCCGCAAGAAGCUGGCUCAGAUCCGACAGCAGCAGUACAAGUUCCUGCCCAGCGAGCUGAGGGAGGACGAGGGCUGAGGGGCCGAGCGGGGAAGGACGUGCGCUGCAUUGAUGAAGACCCCUCUUGUCAUAGGCUGAUGUUGCCAAUGUAUCAAUGGCUGCUUUACUCUCUUAUAAUCGAGGAAUAUACAGCACUUGAAUCAGGCCUGUUGGGUGAGAACAACAAGUGCCUGUGCUCUGUAGUGUGUGUUUGUGUGGGUGUGUGUGUGUGCGUAUGUGUGUGUGUCAGCGUGUGUGUGUGUGUGUGUGUGUGUGUGUGUGUGUGUGUGUGUGUGUGUGUGUGUCAGCGUGUGUGUGUGUGUGUGUAUUUGUCAGUUAAAGACACUCAAUAAGGAAAAAGUUGUUAAUAUGAGCAGGUUGAGAAAGUGUGAUUAAGUUGUAUGGUUAAUGUAUCAUUGCUUUGUGAGUGUUACUCCAUCAUGAGCAUUACUGACUGUUACAAUCAUGAAUUUGAGAUGUUAUGAAUGCAGAAAUCCUCUAUAAUCUUUGAAUGUUCUAUAAGUGUUGAAGGUUCAGAGCAAAUAGAAAUGAACUGGUGACACCUCCAACCAACCUUAGGGCCCAUAGCUUGUACUCCCAACAUCCUAUGUAAAAACAUCCGAGGGUUAACAGAAAGCGGAGGGAGGAGGGACUCCUCGUUUCACCACUGCUUUGCAUGCACCAUAAUGUCUAUACAUAUCAAUGAGGCUACUAACGAAUAGAGUAGUAUAGAGUGGAAAGUCACUUGUAUUUUACUAUUGAAAAUGUGAAAUUGCUGUUCAUCUGGAAAAAUCAUCUCAAAUCAAGGAUUCUGACCACCGGCCAACAAUUGCUAUAAAAUAUUUAUUCUUGACAACAUUUUCUAAGGACAUAUGUGACCAAAUAUGUCUUUAUCCUUGUGUGAGUCUGGCCGCGUCAUGUAGCCCCCGCAGUUCCUCCCUCACCUACACAGAGCUGUGUAAGGAAGAUAUAUGUUUACAUUGUGUGUCACGUCUGUUCCUGCUCGUCUUCGUGAAUUAAUCCCUCUCCCUAUAACACUGGCCAGAUUUAGUUUGGGUGCCCGCUGUACUGCACACACACUCACACAAACAUACACACACUCACAUACAGCUAUUUUCCCUGCUCGUCACCCCGCUGUUAUGGCAACGGUAUUUUCACUUUGGACUGACGGUCAAAAGCAAUACAAUGAUUCUAGCAAGAUAAUAACGAGGGGCUGCGCUGUCACUGGUUGGUCGAUUGCAUACGUGCAGUGAUGUUUGGCUUUGCCCUCCCGAAUGACACAAGAAAUACAUUUUUGCACUGAUCAUAAACUUACGCACUGAAGAAGGCAAUUUAAAGCUUCCGUCACAUACAAAGCAGAAGGAAGUUCUGAUGGAGGAAACUGAUCCAAUAAUUUCCUUUACUUUCGUAUAUUAACGUGUUAUAUAUUGGAAAUGUUACGCACUUCAUCUCCUCAGUCUGUCCAUGCCAGUGUCUGGUCUGCAUCGUGUACUAGUGCCUUACUCGAGUCUGUCCUGUGAGCAGCUGAAGAUCAGGCCCGGUUUGGAGCCUGAGCCUCUUCCUCUCUGGAUCAGAACAUGAUGCCAUGCUAAUGCCCAUCGGGGUCUUAAUAAACUGUCACCGAGUCCCUCUGCCAUACAGUACAAUGCCUUGGCUGGUGACCUAUAUACCUGCCUCCAAUGUUAUAAUGCUGAUAUAUAAUAAAAAGGGCAUCUGUGGAUACCUUCGGAUUCAGAGACCAUAUCAGAACUCUUAACACUAGACUGCAUUCCAUGAGCAUGUGGCAAUUUGUGUUUGAAUAACUUCCUUGUUUCAUCGUCUAAUCACUAUCCCAAAAUAAAAAGAUUUGUUUUUAUCAGUAAAUGUAAGAAUUACCCUGAAAUAUAUUGUCUUACUGAUUUGUCUGAGUAUUAACAGGAAAUAGAAAACGUUAGUAGCCCUGUUAUGAAUCGGUGUUGUGCUUUCUUUAACAGACUGCAUUGGUUUUAUGAUUUGAUGCUGUAUCUAUAAUAUUUAUCUGGUCACAAAAGUAUUUUUUGUAUUCACCAAAAAAUAAAAAAGUUUCAAAACA